GCACCAGAAGAAGUUGGCGGAGAGUCAGUCCCGCUCACGCACGUCUCCCACAUGCGCGCAUAAAACCGCAGGGGGUGGGGACGGGUCCACAGGAUGGUCGUGGUCGGAUCCAGGAACGGGACCAUGAUCGACGAGCGGCUCGGCACCGGACCUCCGGAGCUGCCGGUGCCGUUCGGGCAACUGACGUCGCGCCUUAUGGACGCGGUCGCCUCGGCAGAGGCGGAGUCCAACGGGACCGGCUGCGGGGAGCCCACGCUGAGCCGCGGCCGCGCGGAGAAGGCGGUGAUCGGGUCGGUGCUGACGCUGCUGACGCUGUGCACGGUGGGCGGCAACCUGCUUGUGGUCAUCUCCGUGUGCGCCGUCAAAAAGCUGCGGCAGCCGUCCAACUACUUGAUCGUCUCCCUGGCCGCCGCGGACCUCUCAGUGGCCGUGGCCGUUAUGCCGUUCGUCAACGUCACGGACCUGAGCGGCGGCCGCUGGAGGUUCGGCCGCUGGUUCUGUAACGUCUUUAUCGCCAUGGACGUCAUGUGCUGCACCGCCUCCAUCUUGACCCUGUGCGCCAUCAGCAUCGACAGGUAUUUGGGCAUCACCAAGCCGCUGACGUAUCCGGUCCGUCAAAACGGCCGCUGCAUGGCCCUGACGGUGGCGUGGGUGUGGCUGCUGUCGGCCUCCAUCACCCUCCCCCCCUUCUUCGGCUGGGCCCAGAACGUCAACGACGGGCGCGUGUGUCUCAUCAGCCAGGGCGUGGGCUACACCGUCUACUCCACCGCCGUGGCCUUCUACAUCCCCGUGUCCGUCAUGCUCUUCACUUACUCGCGCAUCUACCGCGCCGCCAAGCUCAGCGUCGCCAAGCACACCAUCGCCGCCUUCCCCCGCGAAGAGUCGUCCGCGGAGACGGGGAGCGCACGGGAGACGGAGGAGGAGGAAGUGGACUGCGUGUCGGCGGUGUUGAAGCUGCAGCGGGAGGUGGAGGACGAGUGCGGCCAGCGCGUUUCCCGCUUCCUCAAGAGCGGUGAACAGCGGCGGCGCGGCAGGAGGAACCAGUCCGUCUUCAAGCGGGAGCAGAAGGCGGCGGCCACGCUGGGCAUCGUGGUGGGCGCCUUCAUCGUGUGCUGGCUGCCCUUCUUCCUGCUGUCAACCGCCAGGCCCUUCGUGUGCGGCGUGGCGUGCGGCUGCGUGCCGCUGUGGCUGGAGAGGACGCUGCUGUGGCUGGGCUACGCCAACUCGCUCAUCAACCCCUUCAUCUACGCCUUCUUCAACCGGGACCUUCGCGCCACCUACGCCAACCUGCUGCGCUGCCGCUACCGCAACAUCAACCGCAAGCUGUCCGCCGCCGGCGUGCACGAGGCGCUCAAGAUAGUGUACGAGCCCCGCCUUGCCGUGCAACCGCCGUGAUGUCACGCACUCCUCUACGGCGUGGAAUUACUGCCAAAACUACACAAAAAGGUUUUACUCACAUGAAAAAAACUGUUUAUUCAAUUAAAAAUAGGCUUCAUUAAUAUAAAAAAUAUUUUCUAUUCAAUCCAAAAAACGAUUGGCAAGUAAAAAGUAUGUUCUUCAAAUAAAAUAACAUUUGCAAAUAAAAAAAAAAGAUUUUCCUCAAUUAAAAAUUCAAUUUUUUUUAAAUUUCAUUAACAAUAUAAAUCGCAAAUAUAAAAACUUUUCUAUUCAAUGAAAAAAACGAUUCAUAGUUAAAAAAAAAAAAAAAAUCUGCCAAUAAAACGAUUCGCCAGUAAACUUUUUUUUUCUUCAAUUCAAAAAACGAUUCGCAAGUAUAAAAAUUUCCGGCAAUUGAAAAAACAACUUUCAAGUAUGAAAACAAUUCGCAUGUACAGUAUAAAAAUUGUUUUUGGCAAUUGAAAAAAAAAAAAAAAAAAUCGCAAGUCUAAAAAUGUUGUGCAAUUAAACACCUAUGUGCAAGUAUAAAAGCAACUUCCUUCGAUUAAAAAAAAAAUUGUGGUAAGUGUAAAAAACAUUAUAUUCAACUAAAGUGAUUUGCAAGUAUGAAACAUUUUUUUUUUCAAUUAAAAAAACAUGGGCAAAUAAAAAAAUACUUUCCUCCAAUUAAAAAUGAGAUUUUCAAGUAAAAAAUUAUUUUCUUAAAUUGACAAUACGUAUCGCAAAUAUCCAUCCAUCCAUCCAUUUUCUACCGCUUAUUCCCUUUCGUGGUCGCUGGCGCCUAUCUCAGCUACAAUCGGGCGGAAGGCAGGGUAUCGCAAAUAUGAAAACAAUUUAUAUACAAUGAAAAAAACAAUCUGCAGGUUAAAAAAAAAAUAAA